AUGGACAACACAGAAAAUGGGAUCCAGCAGUAUCAGGCCCGCAGUGGCAUGCUGCCCCGGAACGGUCCUCAGAGCCCGAUGCUCCCCGCCCAGCAGACGCCGCAGAUGAGCUUCCGGGGCCUUGCGCGGUCACCGAGCCAGCCGGGCUCUCCUGCUCCGAACACGAUCGCGGGGAGCCCGUCCAUGAACGCUGCCCGCCAGGCAUCGGGCAUGGCGGCGCAGGCCCUGGCGAAUGAAGUGAACCAGCAGCUGAACCGGAUCCCCGCUCCGGUUUUGAAUCAGAUCAAAGAGGAGGUGGGGCUGGCGGACAUGGAUUACCCGUCGCUGACGACGAAGGAUAAACAACGCAUGUUAACUGUGGCUAAACAACGAACGAUGAGACUAGGGCAACCGGGACAAGCGCAGCUACCCCCGAUGACACCCAUGGCGCCGUUCCCGCACCCAUCGCAGCAUGGAGGACCGGUAGGCCCACACCAGAUGAUUCCCGGCAUGGUGGGUCGGCCAAUGGGUGGCUUCCCGGGCCAGCCAGGGAUGCCGAACACGUUGACGAUGCCAUUGGGCACGACCAUGAGCCCCGGGAUGAUGAACCACCCGAUGACGCCACAGCAGGUGCAGCACGUGCAGCAGCUGCAGUACAGGCAGUCGAUGCAAAACCUGCACAAGACCGGCAUGCAACAUUCGGGGAUGGGCAACAUGGUGCCGGGUGGCAACGCUGCGUCGCCGUCAGCGGGAGAGGGAGGGUUCAUUUCGGACGGGCCGCAGUCGCGGCCAGGGACUGCACAGUUCUCUGGUGCACCCAGUGCGAACAGCAGGAUGGGCCCGAAGCCCUUGGGUAUGAUGCCACCGCCCUCACCAAGCCAGAACCCUAAACCCGGCCAGAAAGACGCCAGCGGCGCCAAUGAGACGUCAGCACCGAACGGGCGCCUCGACUCGUCACCACAGACGGGUGCACCAGGACCAGGGCAGGGAUCUGCGCCGGGUUCUGUACCAAGCACCCAUACGGGCCCGCCCACCCCGAACUCGUCUGGCAAUAUGACCGCCCCAUCUCCCUCGGCGAUGAACGCGUCGACGCCGUCGAUGAACGCGGACCACGCGCCGGCCCCCUCCACUACGGACUCGAUCCUGGGGGGCCUGUUUCCGCCGGACUUCAUGCCCCAUAACGGCCUGGACGAUUUCGAUCCGUCGAUCUUCCGACCUGACGGUGAACUCAACUUUGACCGGGACUUUGGAGGCUGGUUCAAUUCAGAUAGCAUCGGAGGGUUGGACAUGGUGAUGCCAGUGGAUCGAGCCAGCAGUGCCGUAGCUAGUGUCGAAGAGUUGGCGGAUAACGUUGCGGAGUUAGAUCUGGCCUCUGAUGCAGUUGCGUGUCGUCCCUGUUCGGCACGUACUCAACGAUCAACGAUUCCGCCAGUGCGAUGUUGA